AUGCAUUCUAUCUUGCAUCCACUUUUCUAUUUCUUUCAUUUAUUUCCUUCAUCUAUUAGUUCUGUUAUUUUCAUUCUUUUUCAUUCUUUUUUCAUUCAUUUUUCGUUCUUCUUUCACUUUCUAUCGAUUUUAUACAAUUUGACUUGUUUGUUUCUUUACCAGUUUAAACUUACUUGCUUUUUUGUUGUUUUUUUAACUUUUUCCUAUGUUUGUGUUUUCGUGUGCUUUUUUAUUUACAUUAUUUUCCUUCUUUUCUUUCUAUUUUUUUCCCUCAAUUACAUCCCCUGCCCCAUUUUUAUUGCUGGUAAUAUUUUUUAUUUAUCUAUCUAUCUAUCUAUCUAUCUAUCUAUCUAUAUAUCAAUCUAUCUAUCUAUCUCAUUUGGUUUGGUUUGUUUGACGGUAUAUAUGUACCACAAUGGAUUAUUUAAUACCGACAAAAUUUUACUACUGGUAAUCUAUCUAUCUAUCUAUCUAUCUAUCUAUCUAUCUAUCUAUCUAUCUAUCUAUCUAUCUCAGUACAUAUCAGUUUCGUUUGAUUUUACUACUGGUAAUCUAUCUAUCUAUCUAUCUAUCUAUCUAUCUAUCUAUCUAUCUAUCUAUCUAUCUAUCUAUUUCACCUUACUCUCCAAUAUAUAUCUCAAGGCUUAUUUCAUUCAUUCUGCUGUCAUUUUUCAUUACCACGUUCAUAAAGUUGCAUAUUUUUCUUUUUCUUAUUCCUCAAUUUAUUCUUCACUUCUCUCUUUACAGAAUUGUUCUUUUCGGUUCCAUUCUUUUAGGCAUUCGUCUCUUUAUUUCUCCCUUGAAAGUUCUAUUUAUCUGCCUUGUAAAAAGUUUUUUUCAUAUCCCUUCCUUCCAAUUUUUAUCUCGUUACCUUUUCAUUUAUUUUUUGAAUGUUUUUCUUUCUUAUUUUUUCUCUUAUUCAUUCAUUUAUAUCUUCCCUCUUUUCCUUGA